CUUAAAUCGAUGCAUUAUAUUUUGAGGUUAGGUUUGUUGAUGUUUCCGCAAAAGUAUAAAACCGUCAGAAUUUGCAUUUUCGAAAAAUGAACAAUUAAAACAAACAUAGAACAGUAUAAAUAUUUUACGAAAUACUUGUUUUUGGAUGGAGAAACUCCCAAAGUGACUUGAGACCGAAACUUUGGAGAUGAGCAGCCCCCAACCCUCGACAAACCACUAAAAAUGACCUGCGCUUACUCUUCAAAGGCCGUAACAUUUAAGGAUUUCGACCGGAUAUGUCGCACGUGCUUAGGAGACGAAAAACUUAGCCCCAUCAUGGACACCACCAUCGGUGAUUUAAAAGUGGCAGACUUACUCGAAGACACCGUACUAAUAGACAUCAACAAAUACGACUUCCUGCCUCAAAACAUAUGCGAAAACUGCCUCAACGAGCUCUACAAAGUAUAUGAAUUCAAAAAACAGUGCUACGAAAACGAAGCCGCCUUAAAACUUCUCGCUACCAACAUCCACGACAGCGACAAAAGCGACAAAGAGGAAGACUUCACCUGCAACAUCACCCUCAUUGAAGACGACGCCGACAUCAAGUGCGAAUCCAGCGAUUGUGAUAAAAACGACAAAAAAAAGUCAGCCAAAACCCCCGAACAGCACAAAUGCAACAUCUGCGACUACACCACCGCCACCAAAGACGAUCUCCGCCACCACCGUAAGGCCGCCAAGCACCCGGAGCACCGAAACCACAAGUGCGAGAUCUGCCACAAAGCCUUCACUCGGAGCAAGCUGCGCCAGCACAUGCGCUCGCACACCAAAGAGAAGCCCUACCAGUGCGAGAUUUGCGCCCAGAGCUUCUCCAUGAGCGGCAACUUGAAGCGCCACAAGAUGACCCACACCGGCGAGCGCCCCCACGUGUGCAGCAUCUGCGGCAAGGGUUUCAUCCAGGCUACGUCGCUGCACGCCCACGAGAAGGUCCACCAGGCGCACGAAAACCUCGCCCCCGAGUGUUUGGGCUCGCUGAAGUUCACGUGCAACUACUGCGGGCGUGGCUUCAAACGCCUCGCCCCGUUCAACGCCCACAUCGAGAAGCACACGUCUGAUUCGUUCGUGCGGAAGGCCGACAAAUCGGAGAAGACGGUGGAGUCACGUGAUCACGUGUGCGAUAUUUGUGCGCGGGCGUACAAGACUAAGCACCUCCUUAAGGCGCAUCGGCUGACGCACGGGGAGAAGUCGUUUUUGUGUAGUAAUUGUGGGAAGGGCUUUGUGACGAAGGCGGCGCUUCACUCGCACUUGAAAGUGCACACGGGGGAAAAACCGCACACGUGUGUUAUUUGUAAGAAGUCGUUCGCACACGUGGGGAGUUUCGAUUCGCAUAUGUUGAUACACUCGGGGUUGAAGCCCUAUAGUUGUAAAUAUUGUAGUAAGUCGUUUACGCAGUUGUCACAUUUGACGUAUCAUUUGAGGACUCAUAGUGGGGAAAGACCGUACACGUGUUCGUAUUGUAGUAAGAGUUUCGCUUUGAAGGGGAAUUUGACAGUUCACGUGAGGACGCACACGGGAGAAACGCCCUACGUUUGCCCCGUUUGCGGGAAAGGGUUUUAUGACUCUAGUAGUAUGAAGAAACAUCAAAGGAAUCAUAAGGAGGUGUGGCGUGAUGGGGAGGCGGGGCUUGGGCAACCGCAACAAAUACAUUAUCAAAUGCCCAUUAUAAGCACAGUGCUAUCGUAAAACUGGAAUUGUUCGAAAAAUAAACUUCUUUAUAAAGCUGUA